GCCCCCUUUUGGCUACCCUGUCAGUGUGGAGGGGAAGAGAAGAGAGAGAGCGUACGCGGAAGAAAAAAAAAAAGGCGAGGAAACCGGAGAACAACUGUGUGACAGAGGCAGAGAGAACCAGGCGGGCUGCUGUGAGAAGUGAGAGAGCAGAAGGGAAGAAAUAAGGGACACCAAUUGGAUCGCAAACGUGGGCCUAUUUCUUUUCCGGCCACAGGGGGCACACUCACUGCUUUUAUCCGCUCGACUUCUUGAUGAAACCCAGUGGACUGGACUAACCAAAUUACUGGAUUUAAAAAGAACAACAACAACAACAAAAAAACAUUUGUGUUGCGUCCUUAGAAACAGGAACAAUUCCUCUGGGUUGGAGCAGUGCAAACUGAGAGGACCGUGCUCGCAUCUCGCCGUGGUGUGUUCAUCUGUCGGUGCUGAGGAUAUUCUGUCAAAGCCUCGGAUCAAAGUCCAGAGAAGAGAGAGAGCGCGUAGAUGAGAGCGAGGACCAUUAAAGCCGAGGCAAAAAGUGAAAUAGCUCGGAGAGAGAAGUGAGCCAACCACGUCCUCUCCUGUGUUCCUUUUGCCAUCCCUUUUCUCCUCCUCUCGUCUUCCUCCUGUUCCUCACCCUUUUUUGCAAACAUUCCAAAAAAAACAAAACGCCUGCUUCUCUGUCCUCUCCAUCCGCUAACCCUCAUUUUUAUCACAACUAACCGCGGCGGACCAGCACCGUACUCUCCAAUCAAGUUCUUGAGGGGGAUAUUUCCAUCAAGCUGAAGGACGAGUCCGCCUUAUACCGAGGCUGUGGACCACGUUGCCUCUCAUUGUUCUGUGCAGGACCUGGAUCUUGCCUUCCCUUUUGUAACACGGAAAGGAUUCUUACAAGCUACCCAAUCCUCCACUCCCACAGCUCCUUUCCCUCUCCUCCCGUGUCAGCAUUCCCUGCCUCGGUGCUAAGGAUUCCAGCUACAUGGGCAAGCGAUUGGAGCAGCAGCCAAUGUACCCUCAGUACACCUACUAUUACCCCAAUUAUCUUCAGACUAAGCAGGCCUAUGCUCCACCCCCUCACCCCAUGGCUCCUCCCAGCCCCAGCACCAACAGCUGCAGCCAGGGAGGGGCGGAGCAGCUGAGCAAGACCAACCUGUACAUCCGAGGCCUGCCACCUGGGACCACCGACCAGGACCUCAUCAAGCUCUGCCAGCCGUAUGGAAAGAUAGUUUCAACAAAGGCCAUUCUGGAUAAGAACACCAACCAGUGCAAAGGCUACGGCUUUGUUGAUUUUGACAGCCCGGCUGCAGCACAGAAAGCCGUGUUGUCUCUCAAAGCCACGGGAGUGCAGGCGCAAAUGGCCAAGCAACAGGAGCAGGACCCUACCAACCUGUACAUCUCCAACCUGCCCAUCUCCAUGGACGAGCAGGAGCUAGAGAACAUGCUGAAGCCUCUGGGGCACGUCAUCUCCACCAGGAUACUGAGGGAUGCCAACGGGGUCAGCAGGGGAGUUGGCUUCGCCAGGAUGGAAUCCACUGAGAAAUGUGAAGUAGUCAUUCAGCAUUUCAAUGGAAAAUACCUGAAAACCCCACCAGGAAUUCCAACUCCCACAGAGCCUUUGCUGUGUAAAUUUGCAGACGGAGGCCAAAAGAAGCGCCAGAGCCAGAGCAAGUACCCUCAGAACGGGAGGCCGUGGCACAGAGAGGGCGAGACUGGGAUGGCGUUGACAUAUGAUCCUGCUGCAAUGCAGAAUGGGUUCUACUCCUCGCCUUACAGCAUCGCCACCAACCGCAUGAUCGCACAGACCUCCAUCACGCCCUUCAUCGCUGCUUCCCCAGUUUCCACAUAUCAGGUCCAGAGCACAUCAUGGAUGCCUCAUCAACAAUAUGUUAUGCAACCUACAGGUGCAGUGAUCACGCCAGCGAUGGACCACACAAUGUCCAUGCAGCCUGCCAGCAUGAUGGCACCCCUCACCCAACAAAUGAACCAUCUGUCCCUGGGUACCACAGGAAGUUACAUGACUGCCGCAGCGCCUAUGCAAGGGACCUACAUCCCCCAGUACACUCCUGUGCCUCCGACGGCCGUCCCUGUCGAAGGCGUGGUGACUGACGCCUCCCCCCAGACGGCAACUCCCUCAUCACAGGAAGUGGGCGGGCAGCAGCAACAGAUUCAGGUGGACAGUGCCGCUGAACACGCUUACUCAUACCAGUCCAAAUAACAACGGCCUCAAAGAAUGUUCCUGUGACAGCGUUGCCUUGAGACAUGAGGUGGCUGCACUGUGAAUGUGAGUGGGGAAGAAAGAGAUUGCUUCCAGAUUGCCCAGGCACCAAAAAAGAGACACUUUUUUUCAUUUUCUACCUGGUCAACUAUAGAAAAAAAAACAACAACAAAAAAACAAUAAGGAAGCAAUGAAUGCUGAGAAGGGCGUUUGGGGAAAUUGCAGGGCACAGUGCAAAGGAGUGGAAUUGUUUAAGAUGGGAAAAGCUGCCUAAAGGGCUGUGAUGAAGCUAGAACAUUUCUCAAAGAAAAUUAAAAAAAAAAAAAAAAAACAUAAAAAAAAAAAAAAAAAAGACAAAAAAUGAAUGUGAAGUUUAUUUUGUAAUUAGAAAGGAGGAGUCACGUUUGAGAUACACACCGAAGAUUGUCUUCCUCAGAUAUUAAGCUACGGUUAGUUUUCAGUAUUUCUUACGUUCUAGUGUUGCAUUUUUAGUUUUCUAGAUAUAUUUUAAAACCAGAUGUUUAGGGUUUUUUUGUGUUUUUUUGUUCCUUCUUGAAUCUUCAUGGCCUUAAUUUCAAGGGCGCCGGACAAGAGACUUUUUACAAGCUAAAGUCUGACGUCUGGUUGGGGAAAAAACAAACAAACAACAACAAAAAAAAGUCAGUCUUUUGGCGCACGGGGAGGUCCGAAGAACUGUGCGAUGACGAGGAAACAGAAUCUAUCCCAUAAACUGUACAGAUUUAAUAGAGAAAAGUGUUUUUUGGGUUUGAUGAUUAUUAUGUCAGAAGUAACUAGAUGUUAAAAAGAUAGCAAAAUGCCUGAUGUGGGGGUGACUUGAGAUUUUUUCACAGCGAGGAAAAAGCUGCAUUGUGUAUGCAGUACAACGCUUUUUUUAUGCUCACCGUUAUUAUUUACCAAGCAAUGUUGCUGUCAAUCACAUGACUGCUUUUUAUCUGCCGCAUUUUUUAUGAGCUUGAAAAUGUUUUUAGCCUGCUUUGCUUGUCACACUGCAAAAAAAAAAAAAAAAAAAAAAAAAAAAAUUGAUAAAAUGUACAAAAAUAUAUAAAAUGGAGAAAGAAAAAAAAACUCGGCAGUGCAACAAAAAUGUUCAAUCAGUGCAAAAGCAAUAGAGGAAAUUGUUGACAAUUUCUGUAGUUUUUCCUAGUUGUGGAUCAAAUGCAGCCCACAAAUGGCCAUUUUUAUACCAAAGAUGAAGAUACACUCUGUUUAUUUUCCUCGUCUCAUUUUUUCUGUUGGUUGUUGAUGUUGAUGGUGUUGUUGAUGUUGAUAUUGCUGUUGUUCUUGUUGUCGUUAUUGCUCUUCUUGUUGUUUUUUUUUAUUUGGUUUUUCGACGGCUGGACCAUUCCUUACGUACCCUUGAUAACGACCCAUGCACCUCCACACACAUAAACAAGGUGGGUUUUUUUUUUUUUUAUGAGCGGUGGCAGUUUUGCAAGUUUUAUUCUCCUCUUGUUUCCCAGCGCCACCAAAAAAAAGUUGUGCACCUGUGGGCCGCAAGGGGCCCUGGGAUCACGUACAAUUUCAACUUAAAAUAACAUUCAUCACUAGCAAGAGGAUUUACAAUUUUAUUUUCAAAAUUAAAAAAGGGAAUUUUGCCCAUCUGCAAUUUUUUAUAUGAGACAUAAACAUCUUUCUCUUUAGUGUGCAUCCUAAAUAGUAAAAAACUGCUCGCAAGAAGCGGUUUACGAUGACUAUUUUGCCUAUAAAGCACACCAAAAAAACAUCCAAAAACUGUCAACAACGCUUCAUUCACAUGCAUCCAUCGCUAUUGUGAGCGCUAACACAGAGGAACUACUUUUUUGGCAUAGUGACACAGCCCCUUGCUCACACUCCUGCCAUGAGUGAAGGGUAAAAAGUACCACUGAUAGUCACACACACACUAGAUGUGGUGAAAUGAUCCUCUGCAUUUGACCCAUCGCCCUUGAUCACCCCCUGGAAGGUGAGGGGAGCAGUGAGCAGCAGCGGUGGCCGCGCCCGGGAAUUAUUUUGGUGAUUUAACCCCCAAUUCCAACCCUCGAUGCUGAGUGCCAAGCAGGGAGGUAAUGGGUCCCAUUUUUAUAGUCUUUGGUAUGACUCGGCCGGGAUUUGAACUCACGACCUACCGAUCUCAGGGCGGACACUCUAACCUAGCUAGCUACUGAGCUGCAGCUGCUGAAUCGCCUCUGAGUUUGGAAAAGUUAAUUUUAGACUAUAAAUCAUACCUCACACUUUUUGUAGUAGAAGGUCGUGGCCAUAAGCCAAGAAGUUGGUCAACUUUGAAAUCUCAUACAUUACCAAGUAAAACUCUGGAUCGACUAAAUCAGUGGAUACUGGCUUUCAACUUAGACCCGUCAACAUCGCUAGGUAGACUUGAUUGUGCUCAACAUUUUUUACCCGAGGUCUAUUUUGAAUUGACCUGCUCAACAUGAAGCACAAGUCUGGUGCUGAAAGAUACAACCAUCCAAUCAGUCGGCAUCCCUGUAAGUACAGCUAUUGUAAGUUCAGUAUGUUAUCAGAUAGAGCUCAUUCUAAGACGAGUGCUUUGUGUUUCACUAGAGCUGGAUCUGCUUAGCACCCGGCUUGUAAAAUUCAUCCUCCAUAUAUUCGGGCUCCAAAAGUUACGUUUCUGGAUCAUCAUUUUUCAAAGUAGUCGUAUCCGUCGUCUCUUGUGAAGUCUGCCAUGAUUGGUGGAAGCAAACAUACAACACGCUGUAGAUGCAAGUCGCGCUUGUUGCUUUUGCGCCCAAAAAAAAGUUACGAUAAUGCCUAAAAUCACCAAAAUAUGUAAAUAUCACAUGUUCUCAUAAAUGUGCCUGCCACUACUUUACAUACAUACUUACAGCAUGUAUAUAAAACAUUGUUGAAAUGUUUCUUAGAGGGCUUUUUAGGCGAAACAAGUCCGUCCACAUUAUCUGCAUAGUUCGCCGACACUUGCUAGCAGUUUUUCACUAUUUAGAUUGCACUGACAAGAGAAUGACGCUUGUCUCACAGAAGGAUUGUGGACGAUGGGAACAUUUCCAAAACAAGAGCGGUUUUCCUUCAAUUACCUUUUUUACCCCAGAAUUAAUGCUCCAUCUCGAUCCUUGCCGGGUCAGGGCGAGUUGACUCCACUCCCCUGGUUUUGAUGGCCGUCAUUCAUCAGCUUGUGGGAUUGCGAUCACUUCACAAUUGACUUGUCCUUCUCGGACCUCACAUGAAUAACAUCCGAAAGACCAUUGGAAUCAGACCAUUUCUUUAAAAACGGAACAAAACAAUGAAAAGUCAAAUCAGGAGGAAAAAAAACGGUGAUUUAUCAAAAUUGUAACCACCAUGAAGCUUUUGACAUUUUUGAAACAUUUAAAAUCAUGGUGGCCACUUAAAAUAAACGUGUCACACGGAGCAUGACUUAACACUUUCUUAAAAACGGAAAAAGGAGUUUGUAUGAUGUUCUUUGAACAGGUGGAAAAGGUUACGUUGCGUUCAAAUCCCCUGGGUGCAUUCUCUGUAACAUUCAAUGUCCUUUCCAGUUUGUUGUGUUUCUUUUUUCUCGCAUAUCAAACUUGCGAGUUGACCAAAAAAAACAAAAAACAAUGCUAGUUUCCUGCUUUUGGUCACUUCAGCAGUAUAGUGGGAAGGGGAUUCAAAUGGCCCCAUUUGUCAAGGUUUACUUGACACAUGAAACGUGACAAUUUAGGGGUGCACUAUCCACUUUAGCUGCUAGACAGCAGUAGAGUGUUGAAUAUCUUGAAAUGUUUUUAGUAGCAAUUCCAACUUUGGCCACGGUGUCCUUUGCUAUGGAGAGUGGCGCUUUCCAUUAUUUUUAGCAGACUGCAUUGCAAAAUGAUUCUCACCUCUCACGCGAGAUCUACCCAGGAAAGGGGCCAUGUGAAUCUCUUCCUCGCUGUAUGCGGGGUUUGUGCUUGUGUUGCUAAGGAAGACAUAACUAGAAAGCCAUCAGCUAAAAGCCAAACGUGAGGGUUUUUAGGACAACAAAACAUUUUAAACACACGCGCCAAAUGUUGAAACAGUUGGAUUCUUGGCUUUGACAUGAUUGUGUUUCCAUGCAGUUGCCAGAAACAUUCAGUCUGAAGGUGCUCCCUGCUUUGACAUCAGUACGGCAAAGAUCUAAACAGGUAGCUGAGAGACACAUUUUCUAAAAUCACCUGUUUGUUAUUUCUUGAUUAGAACUACCUUAGGACUAUAGAGCGCACCGGUAUAAAAGCCGCACCUACUAAAUUUUAGAUUUUUUUUUAUUUUUUACAUAUAUUAGCCACAGAUAUAUACUUUCCAAAAUGAGUUAUUUACACGUAAAUAUUUUGUAGAUGUCUAUUUGCAUACCUUAAUUGUUUCCAAACGUUGUCUGUAACACGGCAGUAAAACGGCAGAUUAUACAAAACAGAAGUCCUCAUCAUGGACCCACUAGCUGCUGGAACUAGUGGGUCCAAAACUCAUUUGUGUACUCUAGCCUUUAAAUAGACCCCCCUUUCAGACCAGUUGAUCUGCCGUCUCUUUCCUGCUCUGGGGCACGGAUUAGGUGACCACAGAUGACACGCUAGCUGUUCAAAGUCGGGACUCGGGGGGGGGGGGGGAACUCAUCCGUGCCUCAGUGGAUGACGUCUCUGCGCUGCUGACUGGUUAAAGUACCAAUGAUUAUCACACACACACCAGGUGUGGCGAAAUUAUUCUCUGCAUUUGACACAUCACCCUUGAUCACCCCCUGGGAGGUGAGGGGAGCAGUGGGCAGCAGCGGUGGCCGCGCCCGGGAAUCAUUUUUGGUGAUUUAACCCCCAAUUCCAACCCUUGAUGCUGAGUGCCAAGCAGGGAGGUAAUGGGUCCCAUUUUUAUAGUCUUUGGUAUGACUCGGCCGGGGUUUGAACUCACAACCUACCGAUCUCAGGGCGGACACUCUAACCACUCGUCUCCACUCAAGAUGAUCUCUUGCUGGCCCCAAUAUGGACUGGACUCUCACACUAUUAACUAGUUCCACUUGACAUCCAUUGCACCGGUCGCCCGGGGGGGUCCCCACAUCUGCGGUCCCCUCCAAGGUUUCUCAUUGUAUCCCAUUGGGGUGAGUUUUUUCUUGCCCUGAUGUGGGAUCUGAGCCAAGGAUGUCGUUGUGGCUUGUGCAGCCCUCAUGAUUUAGGGCUAUAUAAAUAAACUUUGAUUGAUUGAUUGAAGCUAGCUCUCCAAUCAGCUAAACAGACUCAAUAACUCCACAGUGACGUUUUGGUCAAUUUACUGAGGAAUUUGUGAAAGUGAAACAAUACAAAAAGAAUACCAUUGUAAGUUAAUAAUACUACCACAGACACUCGCAAACAUGUUAGCACAUGCAAAAUAUCACACACGGGACGGUUUGGUUAGUAUGAAUAGUUGUAGUUAUAUUGUAAAACUUAAAAACGUUGCUUGGAGUGAUGAAUGAAGAAUACAUGUGAGUAGAAACGCUACGGACGAGUACAGUAUUGAACGGUACUUGUACUCCCAGGUUAAAACACUUCAUCUGAAGGAAAUACCGCAGACGUCCACCCCACAGCAGGUGCAGUGGGUGAACUGAUCCAAAAGAUGGCGCCGUACCACAAACCAUAACACACCUUUUCAGUGUCUCUGCUUGUGUUUAAUGACAACUACUUGUUGAACACAAAACAUUAUGGCUGGCCUUUAGCAAAGAAAACACCAUAUAAGUCGUAGGGUUUAAAGUUUAGUAAAAAAAAAAAAAGUAUAAAUAGGCAUAUAGUCCAGAAUUUAUGGUAAUUAAAUUAUUCAUGGUAGGUUCCUUACUGUCAUUAUAGUCCGAAUAAAAUUGUCUCUGAUAUCUUGACUAAUCAUUUCCUAAAACCAUGGGGUAGGGUGUGUUCUUGCACAAACAAUUCAUGACACUAUAUUGCCAAAAGUAUUUGGCCACCUGCCUUGACUCACAUAUGAACUUGAAGUGCCAUCCCAUUCCUAACCCAUAGGGUUCAAUAUGAUGUCGGUCCACCUUCUGCAGCUAUUACAGCUUCAACUCUUCUGGGAAGGCUGUCCACAAGGUUGCGGAGUGUGUAUAUAGGAAUUUUCCACCAUUCUUCCAAAAGCGCAUUGGUGAGGUCACACACUGAUGUUGGUCGAGGAGGCCUGGCUCUCAGUCUCCGUUCUAAUUCAUCCCAAAGGUGUUCUAUCGGGUUCAGGUCAGGACUCUGUGCAGACCAGUCAAGUUCAUCCACACCAAUGUCUUUAUGGACCUUGCUUUGUGCACUGGUGCACAGUCAUGUUGGAAUACCAAGGGGCCCGCUCCGAACUGUUCCCACAAGGUUGGUAGCAUAGAAUUGUCCAAAAUGUUUUGGUAUCCUGGAGCAUUCAAAGUUUAUUUCACUGGAUCUAAGGGGAUAAGUCCAACUCCUGAAAAACAACCCCACACCAUAAUCCCUCCGCUGACCCCUCUCUGUCAGUUUACGUGGCUGAGUUGCUGUUGUUCCCAAACUCUUCCAUUUUCUUAUAAUAAAGCCGACAGUUGACUUUGGAAUAUUUAGGAGCGAGGAAAUUUCACGACUGGAUUUGUUGCACAGGUGGCAUCCUAUGACAGUUCCACGCUGGAAAUCACUGAGAGCGGCCCAAGUGAUUGAUUUUAUACACCCGUGGCCGGGCCAAGUGAUUAGGACACCUGAUUCUCCUCCUUUGGAUGGGUGGCCAAAUACUUUUGGCAAUAUAGUGUAUCAGGCUUGCCGGGCUUUGUGGAUUUCUGCCAGCUUUGUUCCAUCCACUCUACCAAAAAAAAAAAAGAAGCCUUUUUUGUGUCCAUGCUUCACUGGCACUGCUAAUGUGAAAAGGCCAAGUCAGGAUCCUCCGCGCUCAUUUUCCCCCUCGCUGUCGUUCGCUCCCUGGUGGCCAUUCUCUCAUGCCCUCUAUGAGGUGUCGUCUCUUUAUCGGGAGGUGCAAAAGCGUGACCGCAAACCAAUUUAAGUCAUUCGUGCAAUGAGGCUUAGCGAGGCCAAAUUGUCUCCCUCUGGGACAAUAGGAGCCACUCCAGCGUCCCUCAAAAUAAGCAUUUCUUCCGGAAAAGAAGGGAGUUUUUUUGUGUUGGUGGCGCUUGCAGUUGAGCCCUAAGUGGAAGAAGUUCCCUGCUACCGCAUUGCAUUUUUGGGAAAUUAAAUUACAGGUCAAGCGUACUGCUCCAAAAAAGAAGGGAACAACUAAAAAGGCACAUUACAGAUCUGCAUGGAGGAAAUAUUCCAGUCUAUUGAUUGCAGGGUAUUGCAAAAAUAAAAAGACUGAUUUCCCGUAGUGUGUGUCGUCGAGGGGGAAGGAGACGACAUAACGGCCGGGAUCAGUUCAAUAG